AUGCUCUCAGCUUCCUCAAACUUUGAUCAGCAAAACCGUUCUCAAUACUCAUCUUUAAAAGAUAUUUUUAUUAAUAAUACCAACCCAAACAGCCCAAACCCAGUUGAUGAAGAGAUCCCAAUUGGAUAUGUUCUUGACAAACUUCAUCAAUUAGGUCCAAGAUAUUUAGGUGACAAAUCGACAGCAUUCGCCGAGCUUCACAUCGAAGGAAUCGAAAAUAAACCAUUCUGGGUGCAUAAAGAAUACCUGGUAUUGCAAUCAACAUUUUUUCAACAAGUAUUCAACACCAUCAAAAAUAGCGGCGAAUGUUUCACUAUCAAAAUUCCAUCUCCAGAAACCUUUGAACCGAUCUUCGAAUAUUUGUAUGAUGGUAAUGCUGAUAAAUGGUUCGACACAAUCACAGUUGAUAAUUGUCAUCAAGUUUGGGAAAACGUUGAAUUUUUGGGUUUAAGUCAUGAAGCGAGAGCUAUUUGUUUAUCGUUUAUACAAAAUAAUUUUGAAUAA